GGCCGCGCCGCAUUCUGCACGCGAGGCCAAGUUUUGGAUCAACUACUCUCGUGUUUCAAACGAGAAAAACAUCAUGUGAAAAAAAAACAGCAUUCAAAAAGUAGUGAUUUUUAAAACGUUUAGAAACCAAACUCAGUGUCAUUUUUAGAAUAAUUAGUGUUAGGUGUUUUUGAAAUUAAUAUUAAUAUAAGUGUUGUAUUAAAAAAAUUAUGUACUUAGUGACUUCUAUAUUUCUCUUAAAUUAAACGGUAACAUUUUAAUUCAAAAGUGUUAUAAGUACAUAAGGAUUAUACUUGAUUUUGUACCUUACGAGGUAUAUGUUUAGAUAAUAUAUUACUGUUGUGACGUAUAUUGAAAUAGUGGCUAACGACUUUGAAAAACUUGCGGGAGAUAUCUUUUCCCGGAUUUGGAUCAACGCUGGCUCCCGGCCAGGACAUCUGCAAGCGAAAUUAGCUCUUAUGUAUAAAAGCUCAGUCAAUCAUCUCAUAAGCAAUGCCCAGAACAAAGAGAAGACACCACAAGAAGUACAAGGUGCGAUGAAUCAUACGACAUGAACCGACGCUAGCAUCAUGCUUGAAGACGGUAGCAGGGAGCUGUCCAAGCGAGCCUACUGCAAGACUGAGAUAGGCUUCGUUGAAGAACCGAAAUGCUGCUUUCAAACCAAAAGAGGCAUCGACGACACUAGACUUUUCUGCUGUCGCUGCGUCCAUAAACGACGAGCAUCCCCUUUAACCUGUCUAGCAAUUUGCUUUCUCGUUCUUACCUACAACCUCCUUGGUGGGUUUCUCUUCCUGGCAAUAGAAGGGAACACAGUCACAGAAGAAACUGCAGUAGCUGCAUCGAAGCCUAAUCUUAGUCAGUCUCAGAGUUCAAGUAAUGAUUUGCGUUCAAAAACUGUAGAGAGACUUUGGUCUAUAACAGAAGAUUUGAAUAUUCUGUAUAAAGAGAACUGGACAAAGCUAGCAGCUAAAGAGUUGAUGGAUUUCCAGAAAGUGCUAAUUAAAACGAUUAGAAGGGGUGCAGUACUUGAAAACAGAGUAACGUUUGAUCACGCCGGAGACUACAGGUGGACGUUUUCUAGUAGCUUCCUCUAUGCCCUGACGCUCAUUACAACUAUAGGUCAUGGAAACGUCACGCCGCAGUCAUCGGUGGGCAAGAUAGUGGCAGUCGUGUACGCGUGCAUCGGCAUACCAAUUAUCAUGCUGUACCUUUCAACUAUUGGAGAAACACUCGCAAGGAACUUCAGAGUCCUCUACUCCAAGAUUUGUCCUUCAACUUUGAAAAAUGGGAAUUUCCACUCCAAAGCCGAUUGCUUGAGCAGAUAUGCAUUGCCUGGUGUCGAAUGCAAGCAGUACAAUGACUGUGAUAAAAAAGAUAAGUACUGCGAGAGGCAGCGGCGCACGCCGUUCCAAGCAGCUCUGAAUCUGGACAGUUUUAGUGGAGGUUACCAUUGGACGUGUAGGGACCAUACGCGAGUGCCAAUUAUCCUAAGUUUAUUCCUUAUCAUAUUAUAUAUCGCACUAGGUACUAUUGUGUUUCAUACCACGGAAAAGUGGAGCUAUAUAGACGGUUACUACUUCUCCUUUUCGAGCCUCGCGACGAUCGGCUUUGGUGAUCUCAAACCUGGACACUACGCAAGCACCGUAUCAGCUAAAGCGGAGGAUAUAGCAAUCGGGGUGUGUUGUAUAUAUAUAUUAGUGGGUAUUGUUAUCAUUGCUAUGUGUUUCAAUUUAAUACAAGAAGACAUGAGCUCAGCUCUAAGAAACUUUACUGCGCUUUGUACAGGUGGCUCUAAGUCUCGCGCUGUGCACAGUGUAGAGAAGAUCUGCGACGAUAAGAUAUCCAUGUCGGUUGUGUCCUGACAUCGAGAAACGGCCGACACCGGGCCGUCAGUUGCAUUCGCUAACUGCCAAGAGAAACGUCAGCAGGUUACGUUCAAGAUCGACAGUUUAAACCCAACAAAGUUCAAUAGUUUACCGAGGCGCAAGUCUUCGAAUUAUGGGGAGGAGAGCUUCCAAAGGAAUACCCCGGUGCGUCGGUCGGCUGGUCACGCCGAGAAGUGUAUAGAGUAUUUUGUUCCGAGGAGUUUGAGCGAAUUUAACUUGAGUGGAGUUGGCGGUGAAUUGUGUGAUUUGUCGACUUUUGGGGACAGGGGGAAGGCUCAGGAGAGUAAGGGACAAAGUGUGGGGGGGAGUAAGGGUCGUGAUAAGAUGGUGACGUUUGAGGACGACCGGCCUCAGGGCAAGGCACUGGCCGACGACGUCUUCAUGUGACAACGACGCUCGGUACAUGUAGAUAUAGGUUUGUUG